AUGCCAGCCUCUCCCACUGCUCCAAGUGAUGCUGCCUCACCAUCACCCAAGAUGACAGCCUCUUCCACUGCUCCAAGUGAUGCUGCCUCACCAUCACCCAAGAUGACAGCCUCUCCCACUGCUCCAAGUGAUGCUGCCUCACCAUCACCCAAGAUGCCAGCCUCUCCCACUGCUCCAAGUGAUGCUGCCUCACCAUCACCCAAGAUGCCAGCCUCUCCCACCGCUCCAAGUGAUGCUGCCUCACCAUCACCCAAGAUGACAGCCUCUCCCACUGCUCCAAGUGAUGCUGCCUCACCAUCACCCAAGAUGACAGCCUCUCCCACUGCUCCAAGUGAUGCUGCCUCACCAUCACCCAAGAUGCCAGCCUCUCCCACCGCUCCAAGUGAUGCUGCCUCACCAUCACCCAAGAUGCCAGCCUCUCCCACCGCUCCAAGUGAUGCUGCCUCACCAUCACCCAAGAUGCCAGCCUCUCCCACCGCUCCAAGUGAUGCUGCCUCACCAUCACCCAAGAUGACAGCCUCUCCCACUGCUCCAAGUGAUGCUGUCUCACCAUCACCCAAGAUGACAGCCUCUCCCACCGCUCCAAGUGAUGCUGCCUCACCAUCACCCAAGAUGACAGCCUCUCCCACCGCUCCAAGUGAUGCUGCCUCACCAUCACCCAAGAUCUCUGAUUCACUUGUUGGUACAUAG